CUCAAUGUAGGCUACUAUUCCCGGAGAGAGAGAGUGAGAGAGAGAGAGUGAGAGAGAGAGAGAGGUGGAGAGAAAGAGAGCGAGAAAGGGAGAAAAUAACAACCUCCAAGAAUUGGUUAUUCCUGUCUUUCACCUUCCACGACCAGCGGGCCAGGAGGGGAGCGGCCUUCGCGGUGGGAAUGUGCCGCUACAACAACCCCGUGUCCUAUUUUUUGUGAAUGUAAAUGCACAUGUAGCCUCAGCCUGCACUACCCACCUCGGAUCCGAGAGGAAUAUAUACAUGUAAUAUGUGUAAAGACCGAGCCUGACGGCGGCGGGGAGGGGGACAUUUGCUGCUUUAUUUUUCAUUUUUUCCUUUUUUUCUUCCUUCUUUUUUUUUUUUUUUGCUGUGUUGUGAGUCUUACCCUGCAAGAAACGUGGAUGCAUUUCGAGGGAUUUUCACAUCUCGGUCACGUUUUGAAGAGAUAUCGCAGCCGAGCCGGGAAUAAAAGUCGCGGGGACUAUCGGUGCGCAAUUUGGAGGCUUUUGGUGAUGUGAGGGGUGAUACACACACAUUUGAGCAACAAAAGCGAGGGGCAGAGAGAAGGCCCAGUGUGUGUGUGUGUGUAUGUGUGUGUGUGUGUGGAUUGAGAAAGGAGGAAAAAAAACACACGCCACAGCAAGGAACAGCCAUCACAAAUAAGGAGGAAAAAAUCGGGGAAAUUGAAUCAUUUUCGGAAAGGUGGCGGCGGCGGUGGUGGGGUGAUCCUGCCGAAAAAGAAACCGCAGUCAAAUUGGAGUUGUUUUGGGGGGUGAUUUGAUGCAUACAAUAAAUAGGAGCCGGAUGACGACGGAAGCAGUGAGAAUAUCACACAUGUAGUCCAUUUGGGUGUACAUGUGUAUUUUUUACCCCUUCCUCCUGUCCUGCUCCCCCCCUCCUCCCCGACGAAGCCAGGCGUCGGGGAGAGAGUAGAAAAACAUCUUAAGUGCACCCUUAAUGGAAAAUGUUUAUUCUCAAAGGUGUGAAAACGAGCCGUGCCACCGUGAGGGCGAGUUUCUCUGACACGCCGAGUUUUGGGCUCUGUCACGGGCAGCAGUGAGACGCAACACCCGGGCUUUUGGAGAUGCAAAACAGCCUGUUUAUUCCCCCGCCGUGUGGAAGCCGAAGGGGCUGAAACCUCUGUAUUUUCGGCCGGGGGGGUCUUGAAUACAUUGUGGAUUACAGUUCGUAUCGGAGGUGGAGGGGGGAGAGAUCAUAAAACAAUAACUACUGCAUGUGAAGGAGGAGAAAGGAGAAGAAAAAGAAGCCGAGCAGGAUUCAGCAAACUGAGAAGGCGGCCUCGGUGUCGUCAGCAACAGUAUCCUGCCCUUUUUCUGACAGCAAAAUACGCGUUAUGGACACAUAAUUUCUCCAGGCUCGCACCGCGGACUGUGUUUUUGAGCCGGCCACAAACGCAAAACGGUGUAAAUGUGGGUGACAUUGCUGCCAAAUCCGCGGGUCAAACGAGGGAUCUAGACUAGUUUGGUUUAUUUAUUUAUUUUUUCUUUCCACGUUUCCCCCCUCCUCCUCCUCCUCCUCUUCCUCUUCUUCCUCCUCUUCUUCUUCCUCCUCCUCCUCCUCCUCCCCUGGACCCCCUUUUUUCUUUUUUCUUGCGGGAAGAUGGGUUGUUUGGGCAACAGUAAGACCGAAGACCAGAGAAAUGAGGAGAAGGCACAAAGAGAAGCAAACAAAAAGAUAGAGAAGCAGCUCCAAAAAGACAAACAGAUAUACAGAGCAACACACAGACUACUACUUUUAGGGGCUGGAGAGUCAGGAAAGAGCACCAUAGUGAAGCAGAUGAGGAUCCUGCAUGUCAACGGCUUCAAUGCAGAAGAGAAGAAGCAGAAAAUUCAGGACAUCAAGAAUAAUAUUAAAGAGGCCAUCGAGACCAUAGUAACGGCUAUGAGCACCCUGACGCCGCCGGUGCAGUUGGCCUGUCCACAGAACCAGUACCGGAUCGAAUACGUCCUCAACCUCGUCAACCAGAAGGACUUUGAUUUUCCAUCUGAGUUUUACGAACAUGCGAAGACACUGUGGCAUGACGAGGGGGUCAAGGCGUGCUACGAGAGAUCCAACGAGUACCAGCUAAUCGACUGUGCACAGUACUUUCUAGACAAGAUUGACAUUGUGAAACAGAAUGACUACACUCCAACCGAUCAGGAUUUGCUGCGGUGCAGAGUGCUGACUUCAGGGAUCUUCGAGACAAGAUUCCAAGUGGACAAAGUCAAUUUCCAUAUGUUCGAUGUUGGCGGCCAAAGGGAUGAACGCCGGAAAUGGAUCCAGUGCUUUAACGAUGUAACAGCCAUUAUCUUCGUGGUGGCCAGUAGCAGUUACAACAUGGUGAUCAGAGAGGACAAUCAGACCAACCGUUUACAGGAGGCUCUCAACCUCUUCAAGAACAUCUGGAACAACAGGUGGCUGCGGACCAUUUCUGUCAUUUUGUUCCUCAAUAAACAGGACCUGCUGGCGGAGAAAGUACUGGCGGGAAAGUCCAAAAUUGAGGAGUACUUUCCUGAGUUUGCUCGCUACACAACACCUGAUGAUGCGACACCGGAGCCUGGAGAAGAUCCUCGUGUUACAAGGGCAAAAUACUUCAUACGAGAUGAAUUCCUGAGGAUCAGCACGGCGAGCGGCGACGGGCGGCACUACUGUUACCCCCACUUCACCUGCGCCGUCGACACGGAAAACAUCCGCCGCGUCUUCAACGACUGUCGAGACAUCAUCCAGCGGAUGCACCUCCGGCAGUACGAGCUCUUGUGAUGGGACGGGAAGGGUGUGCGGCCAAAAACACACACACACUCAAACUAAAAAAAAAAAAAAAUAUCUAUAUAUAUAUUAAACAUCGAACUUUGAACCCUGAACCCUGAGUCUCUGAACUCCCCUCUUCAGUGCAGUGUGUGAGCUCCUGCGAAGGAACGGGGGGAGGGGGCCAAAACACACACAGACACACUUAGACACAAACACACACAUAUACACAGACUCUGAACGCUGAACUCUGACCUUCCCCUGCCCGAACCCUCUGAUGCAACCUCCCUGUCUGCAGUAGAAAGAGCUGAUUGUGAUGGAAAUGUACGAUGGGGUGAAAAAUUAACAGACUCUGAUCUUCUCCGACACCCCGUUCACCCUCCCACUGCCCACAUCUUUCCCAAAAUCCCUAGAAAAAAAAAUAAAUCACAUCCCACCCCCACCCCCUGCCUACCGACCAGGCCUGGACUGUAAUGAGGGACUGAGGGUUUGACUGUGAGAUUCCCCUUCUUGAGGCUAAGAUGGAAAAUCUGAGAGCGCUACUACUGCAGUGCAACCCGGAAAGAGAUUACUGUCGAAUUAAAUGCAUAUAGAGAAUAAUCACGUCACAGCGGGAUCAGCUGAACUCCACUGUAUUUAACGGAAUAAAAAAUAAAAAUUAAAAGAAAGAAACAAGCACUGUGCUCAGGACUUAGAUGAAUAAAGCAGCGUACAUGCAACGCCGAUCCUUUUCCUACCACAGAUGCCCUUCACUCACUCACACACACAUGAAAUCAUGAAAUCAACCGCAGUAUCUGCUUGCACACAAACGUAUCACACACACACACACACACACACACUUUUUACUGGACUGGGCUGAAACUUCACUGAUCUGCAGCCAGCUUGACUUACAGGCUGGUUCGGUGGACCUGCCGACUGAUUUUCCUGCACAGUGCUUUGAGAUUAACGUGACUGACCGACUUGCACGGCCGAGCCCCGAGGAGCAGCUUUAACAAAGGACCAGGGGUGCGUUUGUGAACAGUCGCCAAAAAAAAAAAAAAAAAAAAAAAAAAAAAAAGGCCGUGGGCUUCGGGAAAAAAGGGACAGGGGACAGCCAACGCCGAUGUGAAUUUCUCUCUGGUGGAGUUUGGACACGUUUGACCGGGGGACGCCGACGACGAGCAGUCAGUCCCUCGGCUUCUCCACGGGAUUGUUUUUGCCGCCUGCCGCCUGACUCUGCCUUGUUGGCGGCGCGGCAAAACAUGAGGAGGAUAUACUGAGUUUUAAGAAAAAAUAAUAAUGAAUAAAAAAUUUAAAAAUAAAUAAAUAAAAAGCAAAACAAAAAUGCCAACUUUUACUGGACUUAACAAACGGAGGGCAAAAAGCAUCCUUCUACAGUACAGUACCAUAUAAGUUAAAGAGAACUCUUCAUCUUGUCAUGAUUGACCCUGUUUUAUCGUCUCCACAGCUGUUUUUUUUUUUUUGUCUGUGUAGACUUUUUGUGCCAUCGUGCCCUGUGCGCUCUCUUUCUUUAUCUCAGUCACUCUUGCCUUCUUUUCACCCCCCGCUUCUUUCUCCUCGCCUGUCUUUUUCUUUUUUCCUCACUCUCAAUCCGACAUUUUUUUGUUUGUUUUGUUUUUAGUUCAUUUUCUCCCCCCUCUUUCCCUUCUCCUCCUUCGCUCCCCCUCGUCACCUCUUUCCACCCCGCACUGUUCCCUCACUGGCAAUGUUCUUCUUCUUCUUCUUUUUUUUUAGAGGACAAAAAAUACAAAAUAAUAAGAGUAAUCUUGAAAUUGAAAAAAAAAGGAAGGUGAUAACAAAUGGGACACUAAUCUUUAUUCAUGUGGUCAAACACCCGCUGCCCCGCCUCCCUCGUUCAUUCCUCCCUCCAUCGCUCCUCCUUCCUCCCCCAAGACCUCCUGCUCCUUUGUAUGUCUGUCUUUACUUUACUGCUGAACUAUUAUUCUUGUACAGACUGUAAAAUGUAUUAUUUUGUACAACUUUAUUGAGAAAAUAACUUUUAGAAGAUCCCUGUGCCUUGAUCACGACUGUACGUGUGUAAUGAGCUAAAGUGGGUGUCAUACUGCGCUGUAUUGCUUGGCCAAUCCCAACCUAACUCCCAGCCUCCCUCACCACCUCCUUCUCUCUUUCUCUCUCUCUCUCUCUCUCUCUUUCUCUCUCUCAUCUCUCCUCUUUCUCCUUGAGGACGGAGGACAACCAUUCGUAGCUUUUGAACUUUUAUUUCUGUCCCCUAUCUCCCCAUCCUCUCUUUAUGAUUUAAAUAUCUAUUUUUGGAUCCAUAUACCCCCAAGAAAAGAUAAAUAUAUGAAAUGUAUAUGGGUUUUAAAAAGAAAAAAAAGUAUUUUAUUAGUAUCAAAUGAACCUUGACAAAUUGUACACUUGACAGUGUACGUAUUGCUAUAACUUAAAUUCUUUGAACUGAAGUUGUUGUUGAAGGUUUCUUCUUUUUGUUUCGUCCGUGACAUCCGCAAAGGACAUUUCGAGGGGUUUCAAGAGGAGAUGAGAAGUGUUUAUUUACAUUUUUUAAUUUCCUUCAGACAUUUUUUUUUAGCUUUAAAGUAAAGGUGAUGAGAAAUACCCAAAUGCAAAACAUUGCUUGUUUCUACACAAAUCUUUUUCUUUUUGCUAAAGAAAGACAAAACAAUCGCAAAAAAAGAGACAUUCAUUUCCAUUUAUUUUCUGAUGUAUAUCAGGAGGGGGAGGGAGGGGGGUCCUCCUUCCUAGCCCUGCACAACAGAGGCGGCCUGUACAGUAUUAGCAUCUCUUCACUUCAGUGCCCUAGUCUUCAUUUACUGUGUACAUCAAAUAUGGGUCUCUACUUUCUGAACAGGAGCUCUGAGAAAUAAAGUUUUUUUUGGUGCAGACA